CGGCGGAGCACCGCGGUCUGAGGCGCAGCCACCCGCUGUUCCUGCGCCCCCUCGACCCUUCCCCAUCGCGGCCCCCAGCGGCCCCCAGCAGCCUCCAGCGUCCGUCCCCAGGCAGCAUGGUGAGGUUUGCUGUCGGGCCCUCGCCACCAUGUACGUGAGCUACCUCCUGGACAAGGACGUGAGCAUGUAUCCCAGCUCCGUGCGCCACUCUGGCGGCCUCAACCUGGCCCCGCAGAACUUCGUCAGUCCCCCGCAGUACCCGGACUACGGCGGCUACCACGUGGCGGCCGCGGCCGCUGCCGCCGCGAACUUGGACAGCGCGCAGUCCCCGGGGCCGUCCUGGCCGGCCGCAUACGGCGCCCCGCUCCGCGAGGACUGGAACGGCUACGCGCCGGGGGGCGCGGCGGCCGCCGCCAACGCCGUGGCGCACGGCCUCAACGGGGGCUCCCCGGCCGCCGCCAUGGGCUACAGCAGCCCCGCUGACUAUCACCCGCACCACCACCCGCACCACCACCCGCACCACCCGGCCGCUGCGCCCUCCUGCGCCUCGGGCUUGCUGCAGACGCUCAACCCCGGCCCCCCCGGGCCCGCCGCCACCGCCGCCGCCGAGCAGCUGUCCCCCGGCGGCCAGCGGCGGAACCUGUGCGAGUGGAUGCGGAAGCCCGCGCAGCCGUCGCUCGGCAGCCAAGUGAAAACCAGGACGAAAGACAAAUACCGAGUCGUGUACACGGACCACCAGCGUUUGGAGCUGGAGAAGGAGUUUCACUACAGUCGCUACAUCACCAUCCGGAGGAAAGCCGAACUGGCUGCCACGCUGGGGCUCUCGGAGAGGCAGGUUAAAAUCUGGUUUCAGAACCGCAGAGCAAAGGAAAGGAAAAUCAACAAGAAGAAGUUGCAGCAGCAGCAGCCGCAGCCCCCACCUGCCCCGCAGCCCCCCCAGCCUCAGCCCGGCCCCCUGAGGAGCGUCCCCGAGCCCCUGAGUCCUGUGUCUUCCCUGCAAGGCUCGGUGCCCGGCUCUGUCGCUGGGGUUCUGGGGCCAACUGGGGGGGUGUUAAACCCCACUGUCACCCAGUGACCCGCAGCGGUCUGCAGCAGCAGAGCUAUUCCAGGCUGAGCCACGAGGAGCGUGGAAUCUGCUAGAAUCCUCAGGAAAGGCCCCUCCCCUCCCACCCACAAAUGUUUGCCAACUUCCCUAGCACUCAGAGGAAAAAGCUAGGGUAAAGACAAGUGUGGUUGGAGGCCUCAAGGAAGACAUUCUCCCAGAUUUUGACUCUUUCUACCAGGGAGGAGAUGGGAAAUGACUACUGGGGCUUCCUCUAGUACUGGCAGAAACAUUGCCUGGACUGGCUAAACAGACCAGCCUUUCAGCUCCCUCCUCCCCAGCUCUUUGCCUCCAAAAUCUGCAGGCUGCAUCUCUCGUUGGAGCCAUGGGGAGAGAGGGACUCAGGGGACUGACAGGGCUGGGAGUCAAAGUGGCUGCUGUCUCCUCACUGCCCUCCAAGGACCAGCUAGCCCCUCUUGCCUCAAGGGCAGGCACGAUUUAAACUGCAGGAGCCAGAGACAGCUGAGAUGGAAACCUGGACCCACCAAAGCGUGCAGAACCCCCAGGUCUUUGUCUUUUUUCUCUUCCCUUCCCAGACCAGGCAAGGCUUGGCUGGUGUAUGUGUGGUGUAUGGUGUGAGGGGGUGGUUAUUGGACUCCAGGCCUGACAAGGGGGCCCGGGACAGGGCCUUGUUUAGAAAGCCUGUCACCAGAGCUUCUCUGGGCUGAAUGUAUGUCAGUGCUAUAAAUGCCAGAGCCAACCUGGACUUCCUGUCAUUUUCACAAUCUUGGGGCUGAUGAAAAAGGGGAGUUUUUGUUUUUGUUGCUGCUGUUUGGGUUGUUGGUCUGGGUAACAUCCAAGCCAGCAUUGAAAAAGCCUUCUGGAUCCGUGGGGAGAGAAGUGAUAUGGUGAAGGGCAGUGGUGGGGGUGGGGGGGAUUUGAACACAUGGAUUUUUUUUCUAAAAAGAAAAAAAGAUAAAUGAG